AGAGAUCGGUGUUGCACACUCACACACGCAAAGCAUGAUGCUGCGACGGAGUGCCGGACAUGCGGCGAAGAACUUAGCCGGCGCCGGCGCUGUGGUAACGAAGACCAGCGCGGCUGAAAACAGAAACGAUGAAGUAGCAAAGGCGACCGCCACGCAUACGCGAAAGCCUUUACUGCCGUACGCCCUUCGCCGUGCCUCCGCGUACGAGAUGCUGUACGGCGGUGCCCGUGUGCAGUAUCUUAUUCAACAUCCGUUUCAGCUGCAUACGGUUCGCAGCGAGGACCUGCCAUCGCCUUCUCUGGAUGCCGAGCGGCACGAUCUAGCACUGGAGAUGCAGCUGCCGCGCGAUUUGGGCCCGUACAACAACAUCAACAUGAACAUCCAGCGGCAGGCAGGGGCAGACGUAAACGUGCCCGACGCAGCCGCCGAUCGGCACACCAAGGAGGGCUUUGACAUGGGUGCCUUCUUCAGCGACCAGCACCACCCCGAGCGGCACCACAACUCGUCUCUCCCUUACAGUCAACACGACACGAACAACGUGAUGGGGCUGCGACUCUUCCCUCUCAACAUCGGUGUCCGCGCUCGCACGGAGGCAGUGCGGAUUCGCACCGACGACUGCCUGCAGCGACUGCGAGUUGCGAAACUGUGUGCGCAGGCCCAGCAGCCGCUCGAGUACCCGCUGCCGCUGCACCGACAAAGUCGAUACGCGUCUGUGCAGCCUGCGAUGUCGCCGGACCGCACCGCCCACCUGCGUGGGGCCGCCGCCCACCCCACCCCUUCGCAGCUUUCCAUUUUUACUCGCCCGGUGGACCGCGUAGAUGGUGCGGACGGAGAAGACCGGCGGCAUUCACCGCGUGUGUGUCCGGUGCAUCCGUUUGCCGUGGCGGCCGUCACCCGCGCCUGGUUGCCGCUGCAGAUGCUGAAACCGAUGGGCCACAACUGGAGUGCCGCCACGCGGAGUAGUGGCACACGCGGUCCGCACAUGCAACUCAUGCAGGAGCGGUUAGAUCAGAAGGGUUUCGGCUGGAAGCGCAAGUCGCGCUCGCUCUGGCAGCAGGACGUGGCCACGGCUGGCUUCCGCCCGCAUCGCUACUUCUAA